CAGUGUUGAUUUUGAACUUACAGCUACAGCAGAAACUGUUCUAGUAGUAUUCAACUAUACAUGUAUAUCUCGAACACUUGAGGAAAUUUGGAAAUGCCUCCAUUAGCCAUGGAUAACUUUGGUUAAGUGUUGAGGAUAAUUCCUGGAUAUUAGUUGUCCUUUAAUCAUACUGUGAUGGAUGCUAUUGCCUAAUAGUACUCUGUAGAGUGAAGUGGCUGGUGUAUUGAUUUGUGUAUUGUGUGCUAGCUGUAAUCAUUACUAAUGAUAACUCAAGUCUUGUCAGUCUUUAAGCCAACAAUAUUUGGAACAAUUGCGAAAGAGAAAACGGCCCAGGAAGACUCUAGGGUGAAAAGUGUGGGGCCACAGAUGAUCAGCCUGUCGCAGAUGUUUGACCAUCACCUGGCUGGCUACAGUGCUAAAGUAGAUGGUCACUUUUCUGAGAACGAGGCUUUAAUAUUCCAAGACGGUAAUCUAAUGGCGGGGUCAAUUGAAGCCCUAAUCCAGCAUCUGGUGCCGACCACAAGCUACCACCCUGAUAGAACUUAUGUUUUUGCAUUCCUGUUGAGUUCCCGCCUGUACAUACGUCCACACAGCCUGCUAGGCGAAGUCUGUCAGGUAUGCAGUCUCCAACAAAACCUCUCCGAGGCAAAUACAAACAGAGAACACUUAGGAAAGUUUGGUCCUAACAUCGUCCAGUUAUUGAGUGAGUGGGCUGAAAUGUUUCCAUAUGAUUUCCGAGAUGACAGAAUGAUGAACCAGCUGAAAGAAAUCACACAACGAAUCGUAGCCAUUUACCCAGAGUUGAGCAGUGAUGUCACAAACAUCAAACACAAUCUUAUUAAUAGGUUGGCAGGAUUACAGAAGUACGAGGAAGAACUGUCAAAAUGGAGUGAUCAAGCUCUGGAAAAAUCCAAAUCUCAAGAGGUGCCCACGACGGACAUCACAGAGGUGUGUGGCAAUCCAUUAGAAUUUGCUCAACAGCUUACACACAUAGAAUUAGAGAGAUUACGGUACAUUGGACCAGAAGAAUUUGUUCAAGCGUUUUCCAAAGAAUCUCACAGCUCAGAGACAACAAUAAGAGAUGUGAAACGAACAUCUAACCUAGAAGCCUACGUCCAGUGGUUCAACAGACUCAGCUACUUUGUGGCUACAGAAAUUUGCUCACAUUUAAAAAAGAAGAACCGAGUGAAAAUGAUAGAAUAUUUCACAGAUGUUGCCAAGGAAUGUAUAAACAUAGGCAACUUCAACUCAUUAAUGGCAAUUAUUGCGGGUAUGAACAUGAGCCCUGUUGCAAGACUGAAGAAAACGUGGGCGAAAGUCAACACGACAAAGUUUGAAAUUCUAGAGCACCAGAUGGACCCCUCAAACAACUUUGGUAGUUACAGAUCGUGUUUGAAGGCGGCCAUGUGGCGGUCAGAUAGUGCUGCGACAGACAGAGAAAAGAUUGUCAUUCCUUUCUUCAGUUUAUUUGUGAAAGACAUAUAUUUCCUCAAUGAGGGAUGCAAUAGCAAGUUAGCAAAUGGGAAUAUCAACUUUGAGAAAUUCUGGCAGCUGGCAAAGCAUAUCUCUGACUUCAUUAGCUGGCAACAGGUUGAGUGUCCAUUCCAGAGAUCUGCUGAUGUCCUCAGCUACAUUCUGACCACAACAGUUUUCUCAGAAUCAACUCUCUCCCUGGCAUCCUACGAGUGUGAAGCCCCAGAAACAAGUUUUGACAAGGAACGUCAUAAAAAGCUGAAAGCACAGGUUGGAUUAUGACUAGUACAGAACCCUGUCCUUCAUAGGAAGUCCAAACGCAGGAAAUAAACUAAGGACAGUUGUGAAAAAGUGCAAGGACACAAAAAAUGACACACUUCAGUCUUUCGACUAAGAGAUAAUGUACUAGUUUCCAGAGUUGUGUUCAGAAAACUCAUUACUUAUAUGGAGGAUUUGUCUCUGUGAGACAAGCAUCUUGCUGGUCAAGAUUUGAAUGGACAUUCCAGGGUGAUGCUUCAAAUGUGUUGUGCUUUGUCUUCUAGACAUGGUCCUGUGUCUCAGUUACAGUUCCUGAAAAACCAAAAGUGCUACUUAUCUUGUAUAUUGUGGAACAAACUGAUCAAACUGGUCACUGACCAUGAGGAUUGACAAGCAGGAUUAAAAUGUUGAGUGUGUGUAUGUGUGUGAAUUGUUAUAUUUAUAUGAAUGGUGGACACAGUGAGACAGGCAAAUAAAACUUUAUAUUUCAUUAUUUAUGAUAAAGAAACACAUUAAUUGACACUAGACAUUAUAAAUAUUGAAAGGAUUUUCAUAAUUCAGUCAGAUGCCAAGUGAUUAGGUGAAAGAUAUUAAAGCUUAUCACUUAUGUGCAUACAAAAUCAUUUUAGAGAUUAUGAAAUGCUGUGAAAGUUAUCAGUAAAGUCAUGUUUCUACAGUCCUUAAAUAUUUAUAUGUGAACUUCACACUGUGCAGACCAGUAGUCGGCAUUGAACAUAAUUAACAAAUUAACAAUUAACAAAUGUAUUGGCUGAGUCUAAAAAAAAUGUAAUUUAUGAAGUCAUUUUGAAAAUAAAAAGAAUCGAACAAUUAUUUAUAUUGUUAAAACUAUUUGAAUUUUUGCAUAAUCUGAUCUUUAUAUUUAAACUUGGACCAUUUGAUAAAACAGCUAUUGAUGUAAAAUUUCAUAUUUAAAUAUUUUGAUAUAUAGGGAUUAAUUAAAUACUCAAGGCCAUGGUGUGAGGAGAAUGAAACUGGUGCUGAAAAGAUCAUAUCUCAUGUAUUUAUCAUCCAGAUCUCUCAUUUUGAUUAUAUUUCCUGUUGUCAGUUGUUGUUCAAGUGUUUGUUACUCUUCCUGUAAUGUAUAAUUGUCUCCCUUUAGGGUAGUUCUCUAACAUCUUACCAAGACUACAACCUGCAGUUAUUUUGGCAGCAUGGUCAAUAUGUUUUUUGUCUUGUUUGGUUUACCUUUGAAGAAAACACUUGGUAUAUUGUUUUAGUAUGAUAAACAAUAGUUACCUGAACAUUUGUAUGUUGAUGUAGAUAUGUACAUCAGUAGUGUACCUUUGAAGAUAUAAGGACACAAACAUAAUCUUUUGAAUACUAUCAGAUCUGCAAAUUUUACUGCUUGAUGUGUGAUUGAUGUUGUAGAGAAAUAAAUUAUAUACUUUGCUCUUGAACGACAAAAGAGAUUUUUUCUCAUAACUUAAUAUUUCUUUGGCUUUUGUAAAAUGCAUCCUAACAUCCCUGAAAACUUACAUAGGAAUGCUCCAUGAAUAUGGACUUGUCUAAGUUUUUGGUUUGGGGAUGAUAAGAUGUGACAGUUGGUUUGUAAAAUCUGUGUUGUCUGUAUGACCAGUAACAGUUAUUGUCUCUAUAAUUCUUAUGUCUUAUCUAUUUAUAACAUUCAAUUUUGUUAACUCUUUGUCAUUCUUUUUUUCCUUAAAAAACUGCAUUCUUUAUCUUAAUUACCAGUAUAUGUAUGAUACGUGUACGAGACUCCAGUCUAUCACAGGAUGAUUGAGCGACAUACUACAAUGUAGUUAAUUAAAGGUAGAUUUAUAUUUUAGACAAGAUCAAUUAAUUACUAAAAUUAAAUUGUUAUUGAUUCUUUUAAAUGUUGAUUUAAAAAUGGCAAACUUAAGAUCAGUCCUUCCAUGUGGAUGUAAUCUGAGAUUAUAUAUGUUUUCCUUUGUAUUAAUGACCUGUCCACAUUUGUUAAUGUUAUUAUAUAUUUAUCAUUUACACUGUUCAAAGUUACUGAUGUGUGAAAUAAACAUAUGGAAAAUGAAAGUAACAAGUCGGUUAUAAAGAAAAUGAAACUAAUAAGUUAGUUAUAUAGAAAAUGAAAGUAACAAGGUUUGGUUAUAAAUAUUGAAAAUGAAAAGGAAAGGAGUUGGUUAAAAUAUCACAAGUGAAAGUAUAGAUGGUUAUAGACAAAAGUAGUCGGAUGGUUAUAAUUAUGAAGACAGGCAAAGAGUUUUAUAACAGAAUGAUAAUUUUCAUGCAAAAUAUUUGCGAAAAAUCAGAAUUAGAUUAAAAUGAAUCUAAUAUUUAUGAAAUGUUUUGCAGAUAUUUUGGGUACAUGGCUUUGCUUAUAUACUAGAUAUUCUACACACUUUUUGACUUUGCACAGUGUAAUGCUAUUUAAGCCAUUAAUUCAUCAGACUUUCAUCAUCCACAUUCAGUUCAUUCAUCUUCUGUUGAAUACACAAUUGUCAUCAUCAUUUUCUUCAUUUGUUAUUCAUCUUUCAUCUUCAUUUCAAAUCAACUUAUUAAAAUAAAUGACCAUACUUAUUGUUAAGAAUCAUUUAAGUUAAUAUUGAAUAUGUUUUAAUGUUAUAUACUUAACAUUGAAAACUGUGUCAAAUUCUUGUUACCCUUUGUUAAAACAACAAUGUAAAAAUAUGAAUUUAUU